AUGAGCGCCAAACCGUACAGAAACAGUAAGGGUGUAAAUAAACCGUUUCAUUCUCCGUUUAAUACCCCUCGAAAUAAAAAUACUGAAAGUAAUACAAAUACUCCAAAAUCGAAUACAUCUGAAUCAUCAUUGAGGGUUUCUUUGUCAAAAAGAUCGCUUUUUCAAACGCCUCCUGUUAAAAAAUUACGGUUAAGUGAUGAAAAAUCUGAAAAACUACCAGACAUUGAGCAAAAUAAACAAUUAUGUCGCGACGAUUUAGAAUCAUUAAAGAAGAGAAUACAAGAAAAGCAGAAAACUAUUAACAAUUUAAAAACAACAUUGUUAUAUAAGAAAAAGAACAAAGCUGAAGACCUAGAAAGUGCCAUAAACAAGUGGACAGAAGUUUGCCAAACUGCUAUUGAAGAUUACCAGAAUGAUUUGGAAGAAAGGAAACAACAAUCAGUGACAAUAACACAAAUCUUAUCUUCACUUGGUAUAGAUCCUGAUAUAGUUCAUUUUUCCAUUGACGAUGAUGCAUUCUGCUAUUAAUUACCUCAGACA